UGCGCAUGUGCAACAGGAAUCGAUUCACGCCUCCGCCUUCAACUGGAAAUGGAAUUACUUUUCAAAACAAUCAGUUUCAUUUCGAAAGAGAUCAUAAUUUACUGACGGAAAAGCACCUAUAUUUAUCCAGUGGUAACCAUAUAUAUGACUACCAUCUCUGACUCCUUAAUAAUCACUGUAAUUCAUACGAGAAAUAUCAGAUGACAUUGGCAUAAAGAUAUAUCAUGUUUUACAAAGUUUAGGAAAUUGUUACACAAAAUGGAUAUAAUUUGUGAUAGAAUUGGUGUGACUUGAGACCAUUAGCAAAAUUUCUUUGCUUCACUGCCUGGAAUAUCCUCAAGAGUUGGUUGCAUUCCAUUUAAACUUGGACAUAUUUACAAAAGAGGCUGCAGUAUCUUUAAACAUCAACAAAGAUCACGUUUUAUGGAAAUGUAGAAAUACUUCAAACGCCACAAGACCAAGAGACGAAGUUGACAGAGAAGAAGAAUAAUGGAAAAUGAAUUCUGUGAGAAACCAAUUGAAAUCAAAACAGAAUCAGACAGCGCUGGUUUUCCAGAUGAGAUGCAGAAUGAGACAGAAGAAAUGUCAUAUUCCUGUGAUGUCUAUAAAAAGUCGAUCUCUCAAAAACAUCACCUAACUCAUCACAAACGUAUUCAUACAGGAGAAAAACCAUACCACUGUGAUGUCUGUGGUAAAUCGUUUCCGAGAAGAGAUUAUUUAAAGGUACACAAAAAUAUACACACUGGAGAGAAACCAUACCACUGUGAUAUCUGUGGAAAAUCAUUUUCCAACAGUGGUGACUUAAAUACUCACAAACGUAUUCAUACAGGAGAGAAGCCAUAUCACUGUGAUGUCUGUGGUAAAUCAUUCUCUCAAAAUGGUAACUUUAAUGCUCACAAGCGCAUUCAUACAGGAGAGAAACCAUAUCACUGUAACGUCUGUGGUAAAUCGUUUUGUAAAGGUAGUAACUUAAAUAAUCACAAGCGUAUUCAUUCAGGAGAGAAACCAUAUCGGUGUGAUAUCUGUGGUAAGUCAUUCUCUAUGAGUUGUACUUUAAAUAAACACAAACGUAUUCAUACAGGAGAAAAACCAUACCACUGUGAUAUUUGUGGUAAAUCAUUCUCUAGAAGUGGUAACUUCAAUUCUCACAAACGUAUUCAUUCAGGAGAGAGACCAUAUUAUUGUGAUAGCUGUGGUAAAUCUUUCUCUCGAAUUGGUAACUUAAAUGCUCACAAACGUAUUCAUACAGGUGACAGAGCAUAUGAAUGUAGUAUCUGUGGUAAAUCAUUCACUGAAAGUGGUAAUUUAAAUGCCCACGUACGUACCCAUACAGGAGAGAAACCAUUCCAUUGUGAUAUCUGUGGUAAAUCAUUCUCUGAAAGUGGUAGUGUAAACACCCACAAACGUACACAUACAGGAGAGAAACCACAUCACUGCGAUAUCUGUGGUAAAUCAUUCUCUGAAAGUGGUAACUUAAAUACCCACAAACGUACUCAUACAGGAGAGAAACCAUAUCACUGUGAUGUUUGUGGUAAAUCAUUCUCUCAAAUUACUAGCGUUAAUACUCACAAAUGUAUUUGUACGCGAGAUAAACCAUACCACUGUGAUAUCUGUGAUAAAUCCUUUUUUACGAGUGGUAACUUGAAUUCUCACAAACAUACACAUACAGAAGAGAAACGAUAUCACUGUGAUAUCUGUGGUAAAUCUUACUCUCACAGUAGUAAAGUAAAUAUACACAAGCGUACUCAUACAGGAGAGAAACCUUACAAGUGUGAUAUCUGUGGUAAAUCAUUUGCUCAAAGUGGUAACUUUAAUGCUCACAAACGUAUUCAUACAGGAGAAAAACCAUAUCACUGUGAUAGCUGUGGUAAACCAUUCUCUAAAAAGAGUUACCUAACUACACACCAGCAUAUUUGUACAAGAAAGACAUCAUUUCACUGAGAUAUCUGUGGUAAAGUAUUUUUUAAAAGUGGUACCUUGAAUACUCAUGAAUACUUUCUCACAGGACAUAAGUAAUACUAUUGGGAUAUCUGUGGUAUGCCAUUUCCUACAAAGGAUAACUCAGAUUCUCACAAAUGUAUUCAUUCAGGACAGAAAGUGUAUGAGUGUGGCAUCUAUAAUAAACCAUUUUCUAAAAGGGUUACCUUAAAUACUUGUGAACAUAUUCAUACAGGAAAGAAACCAUACGACUGUGAUUUGUGGUAAAUCAUUUUUCAGUUCCAAGUAAGCUAGGGGCACACAUAUUCAUACAGGAGAAAAGCCAUAUGGGUCUAUAGCUGUGGCAAAUCAUUCAACAUGUUCACUUCAAGAAGCAAUUACAGAUUCAUAUAAGAGAAAAACCAUAUCAUUGCAAUAUCCAUGGUAAAUCUUGCUCUCAAAGUAGUGAAUUAAUUAAAUAUGAAUAUGUUGAUAUAGAAGGAAAACCAUUUCACAGUGAUAUCUGUGACAAAUCCUAUUCUGAAAGAAGUCAUUUAAUACUCAUAAAUGAUUUGAUACAGGAGAGACACUAUUUCACUGUAAUAUCUGUGGCAAAUUGUUUUCUAGAGGUGGUACCUAAACUAAGCAUAAACAUAUUUAUACAGGUGAGAAGCCAUUUCAAUGUGAAAUUUUUGGGAGCUCAUUCUCUCAUUUAAGUGCUUUUAACAAUCACAGAUAUGCUUGUGGAGCAGAGAGACUGUUUCUCUUCAAUAUCAUCAUUACAUCAUCUUGUCAACAAUAUUUUAUUGUGUUGAUUUGAAUAUAAUUCAUACUCUCAUUUGUUUAUCACAUUAACAAUAGAUUCUGAAAUGAAGGAACUGUUGGUGGUGUGUUUGUGAGGGAGAGAAAGAAAGAUGGUUGGUAGCAGGAAGUAAGAUAUACAAAGCUAGUCAAAAGAAUAAACUACUACUUGAUUUUGAUCUGCUGGUAUAUUUCUGUGCAUUUGACAAGGACAUACUUCUGUAUACUUCUAAAACUGUACCUAUAUUGUUUAUUAUAACAUUUAUUUCUUUUUAAGUUUAUAUAAUUUUCUGUUAUGCUCAGUCACUUUUUAAUCCCUAAGUGUACUGUUAUUUUAGAAAGCAGUUACCCAAUCAAUGUUAAAUGUUCAUUUGAUGAGUUGGUAAUCAAAAAUUCUUAGAAACGAUUGCUUUAUUGUGGAUACUCAUGACUGUCUAACAAACAGUUACGUGUAACUCUGAAUAACAGUACUAGGACAAAAUCCCCCAGCAGUCAAUUUCCCCUGGGAUAUUAGUGGUAUUUCAUCUGUCUUUAAGUUCUGAGUUCAAAUUCCACCGAGGUUGACUUUGCCUUUCAUUCUUUCGGAGUUGAUAAAUUAAGUACCAGUUGCAUACUGGAGUUGAUUUAAUCGACUGGCCCCCUCCCCCAAAAUUUUGGGCUUUGUGUCUCGAGUAGAAAAGAUUAUUCUUUCUUUACAAUAAAAAUAUUUUAGGAAAGUGAAAUUUUAUUUUAAAAAAUUUUAAAUAUUUAUUACUUGAUAUUUUUGUUUAAAAUUUGUCCGGUGGGAUUUUGUCCUGAUACCCCAAAUAACAGCUUGUGAAAUUUUUCUGCUUCAAUAAAACAGUAUUACACUCUA